GAUGCAUGUCAUAGAUAAAAGUAAAAUAAAGUAAAAAAUAUUUAUUUCUCUCUAUGAUGCAUAUUGCAUAAAAUAUAUACACUGAAUCUGUAUCAUUUUUGGUGAAAAUCCUGGAAAAAGGAAAUAUUCUAAUAUUACAAAUUAGAAAAUAGAGCAGAUAUAAUGAUUCAUAACGAAAGAGGCAAUGCUGAGACUCAAAUGCAAGUGGCUGUGGGCAUGCUCCUUAAAGCAGUUACUGACUCAAAUUCAUCUGUAUCAGAAACUGUAGUCAAUUCUGUUAGAAAACUGUCGGAAAAGCAUCCCAAUCAGGUGUUAUAUUCAUGUUGCCAAUUCUGUGUAAAGAGUCCGAAACCAAAUUUGGAGCACUUAGCUUGCAUAUUAAGAAUAAUGGAAUCUGUAUGUAUCGAUCAUAUCAUACAAAUUGAUGGUGACACUAUCAUAACUACAAUAGAUUUUAGUCUUCAAAUGAUGGUGGAAAAUAUCGGUCAUGAGCCGCUCGUCCAAAUGCCUGCUUCAGGCAUAUUGGUCGCUUUAGGGAAAAAACAUUACAUCCAGGUAGUGGAUGCCCUUCUGAAAAAAUUUGAAGCUGGCGUUAUACCUCAUUAUAUGAUACCACACACUCUUGGUUCCUUAGCUACAGCAAACGCGUACGGUUUAGUGCCAUAUCUGAAAAAUGUUUUUAACCUAAUAUUACCACUGUUGGGAGGAUUGAAGACUGAUAUAUUGAGACAGUCAUUUUCAUACGCCUUGGGUAGUUUUUGUGAUGCCUUAUCUGAAUAUAUACUCAACAUCGACCAGGUACCAGAUAACACCAUCACAUUAGAAAACUAUACAGUCGAAAUUGGCAUGGCUUACGAUGUUUUGUUUACAUCGUGGUUGCAUUCUAGGGAACCUAAAGUUGUCCAAAGUGUUCUGGAUGCAUUGUCGGCAAUAUUUAGUGUUUUAAAUGUAGAAAAAGUAACACUGCAAACCCCAAGGGCCAUUCAAGUAGUCCUGAGCCUUUACAAAAGAAAUAUUGACGCCUAUAACAUUACCAAAUGUUUAGGAGCGGUGAUACAGAAGGCAGCGACAGUUAACGGAACCUUACUGGAACCAUUUCUACCCAGCAUGUUAAAUGCUUUAGCUGAUUUGGUAUGCGUUUCCCCAGAUUACGCCCAACCUGACUUAUUAAGAAGUCAUUCAGAGGUGUUGAGGUGUUACGAGUGCUUCGCCUUACAUUUUACCGAUAACACAAUUGAUCACCUAAUAACGCAAAUGAAGAAUAACAACGACAAGGAAAGGAUCAAAGCAUUGCUGGUUAUAACGCAUCUUAUCUCUUACUCUGGCGAGCAAGCUAUAAAGAGGCGGUGCAAGGAUAUCGUAAGGCACCUAAAUGACAUGUUGAACGAUCACAACAUUAGAAUUAAGAAGGCCUUACUUAAAAUCAUAGUAGCGUUUUCCUGCAGGAAGAUUUUGCUCGACAAAGAUGUAAAUCCCGACGGACCCGAUAAAUACAUAGAGUUUAUCCUGAAAAUGUGCUGCAGACAAGUGUUGCCUAAGAAUUGCGACGUGGAGGCCCAAGAAUUGCAAGACAUCCAGAGAUCUGCCGAUAACACGUUAUACAUGCUGAGUACGUCGGUACCAGAACUGGAGGAUAUAUUGUGGGGUCUCUUUAUCCGGUCCUUCCUAGGUAUCGCAUUCGACGAUGCACUUAUAAUACUUCUGAGAUGUCUGACACAUUUGGCCUCGAAAAAAGAAAAGACCAAAAGCAGCGAAGCUGCAUUCGUGAGAUGCUUAGCUCUAUUAGCGAAUCCCUUGCCUAGUUUCAGAGGCACCUACAUAAUAAACUUUUUGAAAAACAUAAGGCCCUGUGACGUAGACAGUUAUAAGACAGUUUGGGACACCAAAAUACCCCAGCUGUUGAAGUAUUUAGAACAAAAUUAUGACAACUUUAAUCCGUUGGAAUGGCAAGACUUGAUAUUUGAUUUCGUUACCAUUCUACUGGAGAAUGUUAAGAACGAGUCCUUUAACGAAAUAUUAGUUUUCAAAGCGAAGGGACAACUCGAAACGUACAGUGACAAUAGGCAUACGGUGAAUGGCAAUAAUGACUCGGUGAUUAAACAGACGGAGAAACAGUUCCUGUUAAAAUGUCUAGCGAUAAUAUUAUGCUAUAUUAAAGAUAAAGACACUGUAUUGCAAACCCUCGACAACAUCUUGGUUAGUGUUAAAUUGACCGACUAUUCAGAGCUGCACACCUGUGCCGAGGCCGUUGGAAUAUGCUCUCGUGCUCACCUACAAUUAGUCUUGGAUAAAUUAUUCUCAAUUAGGAAAGAUAUACUUACAAGAAAAUCAUCGAAAUUCCUACAUUUUUCGUUCAUGAAAGAUCAAAAACACGACUUGGGCAUAGAGAGGUUACGUUAUGCGGUAAUACGUAGUUAUGGGGAGAUAUGCAAUGAAGCGCCUUCUGACAAACUUUUGAGAAUCAUCGAAUCGGAAAUACUUAGUUUUGUAGUGAGCGAGUUGACGGGUGCCAAAGAUUUCGCUACCCGAAGAGUAUGUUUAAAAGCCAUACACAGCAUUGCAGACGCGAUGCACCCAAAUAGAAAUUUGUUGCACAUCAGACUAAAUGGUAGAGACAAAGUAAUAGAAACGGUUUCUUCAGAAAUGCAUCUGCACAGUGGACCCGAGUAUAUCGAACUGUUUCCUUUGAUCAUACCCGCUGUUACCGCUCUGAUACGUUUACCCGUUCAAAUUGAAUCGGAUGCAAGAAUAGUGCUCCUCAAAUUGUUUUUUGACAACGUCUACAACGCUUCUGCUAUUUACUGUAAGAUCAAUCCUGAAAAUGGGGAUAAUUACUAUGGAGAAUUGAAGCUGGUUCCAUUUGUGACCAAAAGUUUCUCUGAACUAAACCAAUUCGUGCAAGAGUUAUUGUUGCAAAAUCUCUCGCCCGCUACGCUGGACGAAAUCGUUACUCUUCUUGAGCCGUUUUUAGGAAAAAAGAAAGCAGAACAGAGGUUACCAGCUGCAGUGACCUUAAGGCUAGUUUUGCAGACGUACUUGGAUAACAUGAAAUUUGCAUACGAUACUCCCAGUAGUUUCGGUCAAACUGGAUUCUUGUUAUCAAAAAUUGUCCCAAGGUGCACAGAUCCUAACAAAAAUAUAAGGAAGGUGGCCGUCGACUGUCUAUGCUUGGUCCUUUGCAUAGCAGCACGUUAUGAGGGUCACAUGCGCGACCACGACAAAGUUCUUGGCAACUCGUUGCAGCACGUCCAACAGCAAAUAGAGUCCGAUGAGCCCAAGCUUCUCUAUAACCUCACUUCCGACUUGGCACAUAUAAUUUGCCUGAACAUGCCUUCCUUCCAACUGAUCCACUUCGUAGAGGGUCUUUUAGAUGCUCUGGUAGAUUGUGAAUCGUCCAGUUCGAGCGGCAGCAGUUUAGUCCUAAACGUGACUUUGAAAAAUAAAGGAGGUGAACUACAAAGCCACGUUGCCCAUAUUUUAGGAAGACUACUGAAGCAGUUAGAUGCCAUAAAGUGUCCCAGAACAAGAUCCUACGCUUUAAGGGGAGUUCUCAAUUUGGCCACGCAUCAUUCCAAAACUGUGUGCAGUAUAUUGCUGGCCCAGCCUCUGCCGUUUGACGGUUCAGUAUGUGACUGUUGGGCCUGCCUAUCGACAGAUCAUACGCUCGCCGUUGACUUACUGGAUCAGCUGAAGAAAAUCGUAAAGUCAACUCCUCUUUACGAAGACCAAGGAAAUAACAUAAGAGUUGCCAAUCUACUUCCGCUUCAAGCAGUAUGCGCUCUGCACGAAAUCUUAAAAAACACAAAGUUAAAGGAAAUCUGCAUUCAGCAAUUUCCAGAAAUAUUUUCCACCUUAUUGAUAUGUUUCGCAUGCUAUAUAGGGACAUCUGCUUCUGCGUUGUGCGGCAGUGGCGAGAAAAAGGAAAGAUAUAAUUUCAUUAUCAAUCGCGACGCAUACAAAUUGAACCCCGCCAAAUUAGCCCUGGAAACUUUCAGAUUGUUCUUGGUCUCGUGUGAAUUCAACAAGAUGGCGAAUUGCUUGCUGUUUUACAGCCACAUAGACACUUGUGAAGACUUAACAUUGUUCUUAGAGAUUGUCCAGGCCCUCAUUGAAAAUAUAUCCAUAGAAAAUCCGCAGUCACUGUCUUGGCUUGUGGGCUGCCUUGGGCCGCACAUAAGGGCAGACUUGGAGCCUCAAAGAGUAGCUGUCGUAGCAUUUUUUACUUAUCUUCUAAGACGGGGUGCCAAGGAACAGGGCGUUCUUAUCGAGAACUUAUUAGAAAUGAUACUAGACGUACAGACAGACCAGAGCUGCUUGGUUAGGAAAUUAGCGCUCCAGGGCUUGGGUUAUGCGGCAGAAAAUUUAAAUUUGGAUCUUGUAACGAGGCAUUGUAACCCUAUUUUGAGUGUCCUUAUGAAUAGUCUGGAUUACAAUAAUAUUGGAAAUGAAAGUGCCGUGAUAUUGGAAGGAAUGUUGAGCUUUUCAAAGUUGCUUAUAACAUUGACGGGAUACAAAUUUAGCUCCUUCCAAGUGACGGCAGCGGUUCGCAUUAAACCGUUAUUAGGCCAAGAAGACGUCAACCUGCGGAGAGCCUCAUUUACGCUUUUAGGUGAUUUAACCAAUUCUCUCAAUUCCGAGGCAAAUUUGGAAGCAUUUAAAGAACAAAUCCAGGGAAAUGUUGUAACCUUAAUGCUGCACCUCUGCGAUCCGGACAUGUACGUCGUAAAGGCUUGUAAAUAUACUUUAAGGAAAAUCGGUCCGUAUUUAGAAAGUCCUAAAGUAAAUUCAAUGAUACAGGAACAUUUAAUUGAUGAAGCCAAUUUGCACUUUUCAGACUUUAUUAGAGAUCUAAUUAAGGAGAUGGCUGUGGAAAUUCAGGAUUUGUUCCCUUUACUCAUAAUGACCAGCCUGUCUUACUUCAAAAGUCAGUGGGUGGAAAUACGGAGCAAUGCUGCUCUAGUAGCCGGCUUGCUCUAUUCCCAGUUAACACCUGAGAAUAAGCACCAAGUUUCGUUGGAUAUUGUGUGCGACAGGUUGAUGAGACUGUUCCAAGAUGAACAUGAAGAAGUUCGGACGAGAGCGGCACAGGCUAUAGUUUACUUGUUCCUUUAACUAAUGUGUGAUUCUCUGUUUAUUCUUAUGAUUGCUUUUUCUAGUAAUACUAGACUGAUCUGUUAAUCUGUUAAGGGGUUAUACUACUCAGACACAUUUUUUGGGAAUUUUCUUCGUGAUUACUAAGCAAUAAAUCAAAAUAAAGUUUCGAGACUUUAUUUUAUGUGUAUUAAAGUGUAGGUGCAAAAUGGUGUCGUGGCACUAGGUAACUUGAACAAAUGUCUUUCCGAGGAGGAAAAUGGCAUAGCCGGUAUUACUCUGGAACGCCACCUAGAGGCAAAAAAAAGUUUUUUGUACAUGAGUGUUUCUUUGGAGGAACCAAAGAUUUUAAUUUUUUUUCUUUUUCUGGUAAAAAAUCGACUUUAAAUUGUUUAUUGCAUAUGUAAUUAUUUAUCAAUCGUAAAAAUCGUGUGUAUUUCCAUGUAUAAUCUAUCUAAGAAGCUGCAGUUAAAAUUUCAAGUCAAUCGGAUAAAAAUUGAGGAGCCAGCUACGCUGUACGCAGAAUUGAAAAACACGGUUUCAAAAAAAAACACGUUAAAAGUUUCACAAUUCGGUAGCAAUGUAGCAUCGAUUUCAAUAUCAUCUUCUGAUGUGUGGAUUUUUUUUUGCUAAUCUAGAAACAUCCUCGAUGUCACCCUCUAAACUGUGGCAGUUGAGUGGCUUUCUGUUGGAAUUUCUGCUUCGACUGUCACGAGUUGAUGAUGAUUUGUUCCCUUUUAAUCAACGUCCGUACACUUUCUCACUCAUUUUUAUAAGAAAACUACUUAAAAAACAACAUAAAGUAAAGCAGAUGAACGCGUAACUUGGAGUAGCAAGCGAAACUGCGCUCUUUCAAAAAAAAAGAUCAAAACACAUCGUCCUGAAUGUCUGUGUUACUUGGUUGAUUAUAUUAUAUGUUAGUAUACAUACGUGUAGGUAUGUAUUUUUUAAAGCUAUUAGCCUGCAAUAAAAUAUUUUGUGGAAGUAUAACUGAUUUGUACUGGCAAAAACUACCAACAGAGCUGUAUUAUACUUAAAAUAUUGCGCACAGCAGAGCGGCCUUUUCAAACGUUUCAAAGCACUCGGGGGCGACUCAGAAAAUAAGCCAUAAAAAUUGUUUAUCAAAGAUUGUCCCUGAAAAUAAUUUUUGAAUAGUUUGAGCCAAUAAAAAAAAAUUCCUGGGUAGUAUAACCCUUAACUGCUAAAGCUAAUAGAUAUUUUUCUUUUUUUUUUCCAAUAUUCAGAUUUAUAUUAGGUAUAAACAUAUAUAUAAUUAUUUCUCCUUUUUUUUUGUAGUCAUUUUUUAAUUUUAAUAUUUAAAAAAAAAAUUAAAGUAAAUAAAGU